AUGCUAUGCGUUCCUCAAGAAAUGGGAGACGCAGAAAUGUUAUGUGAACGUAUUGCACCACGUUUACAACAUGCAAACUCGAGUGUAGUAUUGACAGCAGUUAAAGUAAUAAUGUAUUUUAUGAAUUAUAUGACAAAAGAAGAAGAUAUUAAUAUGAAUUGUAGAAAAUUAUCUCCACCAUUAGUGACAAUUCUUUCAAAUGGACCUGAAGUACAAUACGUUGCACUUCGUAAUAUUUUAUUAAUUAUACAAAAAAGACCUGAAGUAUUAAGAAAAGAUAUGAAAGUUUUCUUUUGUAAAUAUAAUGAUCCUAUUUAUGUGAAAUUAGCUAAAUUGGAAAUUAUGUUUCGUUUGGCAAAUGCGAGUAAUGUUGAUCAUGUUUUAUCUGAAUUAAAGGAGUAUGCUACAGAAGUUGAUGUUGAUUUUGUGAGAAAGGCUGUGAGAUCAAUUGGAAGAUUGGCGGUAAAAAUAGAAGUAACCGCCGAUAAAUGUAUAUCGGCAUUAUUAGAACUGAUACAAACCAAAGUGAAUUAUGUAGUCCAAGAAGCCAUAGUGGUUAUUAAAGAUAUUUUUCGAAAAUAUCCUAAUCAAUAUGAAAGUAUUAUUGGUACUUUAUGCGAAAAUUUAGAUAAUUUGGAUGAACCUGAAGCAAAAUCUGCUAUGAUUUGGAUCAUUGGUCAAUAUGCCGAUCGUAUUGUAAAUUCCGAAGAAUUAUUAGAUGAUUAUCUUUUCACGUUUUUGGAGGAACCGGUUGAAGUACAAUUAAGUUUAUUAACUGCUACCGUAAAAUUAUUUAUUAAAAAACCCACGGCUGGUCAAUCUCUUGUACCUAAAGUAUUAAAAUGGGCUACUGAAGAUGUUGAUAAUCCAGAUCUACGUGAUAGGGGUUAUAUUUAUUGGAGAUUACUUUCAACCGAUCCUACUGCUGCAAAGACCGUUGUAUUAUCUGAAAAACCAAGGAUUUCAACUGAAAGUGAUAAUAUGGAACCUUCUUUGCUCGACGAAUUGUUAUUACAUAUUUCAAGUUUAUCAUCAAUCUAUCAUAAAUCUCCUCAAACCUUUAUUCAUCAUUCUAAACCAAGACAAUUAAUCAAUUCUCCUGUAUUAAAUAGCAGAAAUACUGUUCAAAAUGGUAAACAGCGUAAAACUACUUUAUUUGACGCUGAAUUAAAUGAUAUUACUUCUGGAAAUCUUGGUAAUUACGAGUCAAAUCCUUAUCAUGUAGAUGUUGUAAAUAUUGGCGAUCGUACGCCUAACAAUUUACUUUUAGAUUUAUAA